CAGCACCGGUGAAUCAUGAAGUCGUUGAUUGGCCGCACACAAAUGCGGGACAGAGAGCUACAGAACGCGUGCAAAUGGGGUCUACUGCUCGCCCUCUGCCUGGCGUCGCUAUGGGGACGGCUGACCCUGGCCGCGUCGCACAGGAGCCACAUAGUGCACGUGAAAGCGGGGACCUGUGAGGUCAUCGCGGCCCAUCGCUGCUGCAACAAGAACAAGAUCGAGGAGCGGUCCCAGACCGUCAAGUGCUCCUGCUUCCCCGGCCAGGUUGCCGGGACAACGAGAGCCGCCCCAUCCUGCGUGGACGCCUCCAUAGUAGCGCAGAAGUGGUGGUGCCAGAUGCAGCCCUGCAUGGACGGGGAGGAGUGCAAGGUUCUGCCCGACCUGAAGGGCUGGAGCUGCAGCACGGGCAACAAAGUCAAGACCACCAAGGUCACGCGAUAGUCCGGCUUUCCUUCAGGGGGCGUGGCCGGCGUUGGGGACUCUCGUUUUGUGCACGGCUGCCAUUGGAGGAGUGACUCGGCGCUCAUUUUGCUUGCGGCGGACAUGUUUGUUUGGGGGGAGGGCAGGGGGAGGGGAGGGGAGGGGAGGGGGGGGUGGCCUGCCGGACCAAGACUUGCAAAAAAAUAAAAAUAAAAAAAUGGAAAAAAAAGACUCAAAAGACUGAUACCCAGUUAUAUGGGAGCGGGAACUUGGACCUGUAAACAUACGUAUGAACUUGAGGACUCCCAGUCAAAUUAAAGUACUCUGUGUUUAUCGCACUGCUCCCCCCCCCCCCCCCUCGUACCUGACCCCCCCCCAUUGAUAUCACGCAGUGUGCAGGGACAUCCUGCUUUUAAGGUGGCCCUUCAGUCCAUGACAAACCCUGGGUUUAUAAAAGAGAACAGCAGAAGAGAAAGAGCACACACACCUCAUAGCAUUUAAAAAAAAAACUUAUUUAUUUUUUACUAACGCCUAGUGCAGUGGGUUCAUGUGUAUUGAUUUCCUUCAUCUAACCCGUAAAUGCUUACAGUGCAUCCAUUUUCUAUUAUCUGAAAGCAGCCAUUUUGUUUUAAUUGGAUUUUUGUCUCUAAAAAAAUAAUGUUUGCUUUCACUUUGGGGAUGAUGUUGGGACUGACAUCUGAUAUUGGUCUUGAUUUUUAUGAAAAGGACUAAUGUUUUCAGGUGAAAUGCCUAAAAAAAUAAUUACAUUGUAAAAGUUGUGGUACGAAUAUGUUGAAACUUAGUGUAAAGAGAUUUUUCAUUGACUCAAUCAGAAUGAAAACUGGAGGUACUGCAGUUUUAAUAUCUGUUUCUAAAACCUCAGUAACCACUUUUGAGUAAAUGUGUGAGUAUUGUCGCAAAUAAAGUUAUUUCAAAAGAAA